AUGCAUGUGUCGCAUUCCAAUGGCAAGAAGUUCCGCUCGCAGAACGAGGUGCGCCACUACCUGGAGACGAUCGGCAGUGACCUGGACCCCGAGCUCUUCUGCUUCAACGCCCACAUGCAGGUCGGCAUGGCGUAUAAGCGGCGCGGCCAUCAAGCGCGCGCGCGGCCUGCCCGCAAGCCGAAGUCCGCCUCUGUGACCACCGACGACGUGAACCAGAAGAUUAAGCUCAAGUUCAGCUUCGCGCGGCGGCGUCUGCUGGCGGCCGGCGGGCGCGUGCAGGUGUCGCUGUCCGGCCGCCGCCGCUGGGUGCCGCCUCGGUCGCCCUACAAGCUGAUGCAGGAGACCUACUACCACGACCCCUGGAAGCUGCUUAUCGGCACCAUCUUCCUCAACAAGACGGCCGGUCGGCAGGCGCUGCCGAUGCUGGAGACGUUCUUCGAGCGGUGGCCGGACGCGAGGGCGGCGCGCGACGCCGACGAGGCCGACGUCAUGGAGCUGCUGCGGCCUCUGGGGCUGGCCGAGCGGCGCACACAGUGCAUCGUCCGGUUCUCAGACGAGUUCGUCUCCAAGACCUGGAAAUACCCGAACGAGCUGUACGGCAUCGGCCGCUAUGGCAACGACUCGUACCGCAUCUUCUGCCUGGGCGAGUGGAAGCAGGUGCGGCCACAAGACCACAUGCUGAAUCUGUACCACAACUGGCUGUGGACAAACCACAAGGCGCUGGGUCUGGUUUGA